AUGGACAAUUUUGGCCACAUUCAACGAGAUGUAAUCAUCGAGAUCUUGUCAAGGUUGCCUGUGAAAUCUCUGCUACGAUUCAAAUGUGUUUGCAAAUCAUGGCUUUCCACCAUUGCAGGCUGUAGUUUUGUUUAUGAGCAUUUCAAUAAGGCACUUGCGGACUGCAAAAAAGCUCAGCUUCUAAUCAGGUAUUAUGAUGGUGAUACACAGGAAGACGUCUUCUCCUUGUUCACAAAUGACCAACUGAAGGCCCCAACAUAUUUGAGACUUCGUACGAAGCCUAAGCGUCAUUUCGAAGUUAUAUGGGACCCUGCCAUGGUCUACUCUGUCUUUAUGACUUCUCUUCUAAUGAGUUAUGCCUAUGGAAUUUAG